AUGGCUCGACAAUCCUGGGAGCCGGAAGUUUCUACUUCUGACAAUGGAGAAGAAAAAGGUGUUGUUAAAAUGAAGAAAGAGCUCGGUGUUUUGCAAGCAGUCAGCAUAAUUUUUGGUGUAAUUGUCGGCUCUGGAAUCUUCGUAUCCCCAGUCGGUGUACUGAAAUAUUCCAAUUCUGUUGGCCUUUCCCUGAUCAUGUGGGUAGUGCCUGGCGUUUUUAGCAUGCUUGGGGCUCUGGUUUAUGCUGAACUUGGUGUACGAAUUCAAAAAUCUGGUGGAGAAUAUGCCUAUAUUCUUGAAGCUUUCGGUGGUCUUCCGGCAUUUAUUGUAAUGUGGAUUACAUUUGUCAUUAUUGGUGGUGUUAGCUGUGCUGCAAACUCACUUGUUUUCGCCCAAUAUAUCUUACAACCGAUUUAUCCAGAUUGCGAAAUUCCUAGCCACAUUGUAACCAUGGUUGCCAUUUGUGGUCUUAUGCUUAUUUGUGCUAUCAACUGUUAUAAAGUAAAAUGGGCUGCCAGGGUUGCGGUCAUUUUUUCAUUCGGAAAAAUCCUCGCUCUCCUUCUGAUCAUUGGAUUUGGUUUAUACUUUCUUGCCACUGGGCAUGUGGAAAAUUUUCACAACGCUUUCGAGGAUUCAAGAUAUUCACCAGGUGAAUUAGCUCUUUCAUUCUACCAGGGCUUUUGGGCAUUUUCUGGUUGGAAUUACCUCAACUUCUUAACAGAAGAAAUGAAAAAUCCCGGAAAAAAUUUGCCACUUUCCAUUGGAAUCGGUCUCUCCCUCGUCACUGGACUCUAUAUGCUUACAAAUAUCGCAUAUUUGGCUGUUCUUAGUCCAUAUGAGAUGCUAGCUUCUGGUUCAGGAUCGUCUGCUGUAGCUGUCAUCUUUGCUCAGCGUGCAAUGCCCUGGAUUGCCAUGCUUAUGCCAAUUUUCGUCGGGGCUUCAGUCUUUGGUAGCAUUAAUGGUGAAGCUAUGUCAAUGUCCCGACUAACUUAUACCGGUGCCAGAGAAGGACACAUGCCUUCCAUCCUCGCAAUGAUUCAUCACACAAAUUUCACACCCAUUCCCGCCAUUCUUGUUCUGGUAGGCUACCCACUAUUGCUACUCUUCCUCGCAAUCGGCUUCCAAUUCUACAGUGACAUCUUUGCUCUAAUUGAAUUAGCUGGUUUCGCUUUCUCGUUCAUUGCCGGUUUAGCUGUAGCAUCUCUUAUCUAUAUGCGUUACCGCGAUCCGCAUUUGAAGACUUCCUUCCAGGUUUUGCAUUUUGAAUUCGCUUACUUUCUAUCUACCUUUCGGAGACUGAUUAUGCCUCUCGUCUUCCCGAUUGUCUUCCUAAUUUGCGACAUCUUUAUUCUUGCUCUCACUGUCUACCAACAGCCAAAGGAGUCCCUUUCUAACGUUAUUCUAAUGCUCUCUGCUAUUCCAAUCUACUGGCUUGGUGUCUCCUGGAAGAAUAAGCCCAAGAGUCUGCAGAAUUCCAUAUAUAAGACAACAGUAUGCCUUCAAAAAGCGUUUGCUGUAGUUUUGGUGGAAGACGAAUCUCAACUGGAUGGAUAA